AUGGUAGCUGCCACAAACGAUUGCCAAGCUCAUAGAUUUGAACACAUUUCCAGAAGAAGCCCACAUAUAGAGAAUACAAAGAGAAUGGCAAUCAACGCAAGAGUAGUAGCAGAAAUUGAAGGGAACGGCCUACCUCCAGUUGCUCCACGUGUGAGGAAAUAUGUGGACAACCAGAUGAACAGGCGUCUCCGACGAGUUGGUAUGCCAUACGGCUAUGUGGCUCCACGACUAGAGGCACCACGAUGCUCUCGUCGUCUUUUAGGGUUGGAGCCAGAACCAGUACUUGUUCCAGUUGCGUCUCCUGAGCUGCCAAGAAAUGAUCAACCUGAACAUUUCGAAGCAGUUAUUGUACCUCGGGCACGAUUAUUCUCUGUCAUGGUUCCUGAAGCAGCUAUUCAAAUUGCUGAUGACGAGGAUGAUAUAGUCGAGGUUGAGAUAGCUGGCGAGGAGCUCUCGGUUCUGGAGUCAACUCUGGAGGAGGAAGAGGUCAUCGAGCUGUCUGUGCUGUGUGGUAUAGACACAACGGUGGAGGACCCAGCCGACUGGUUCCUGGAGGAGACUGUGUCUUUCCUGCCAACAGAGGAGGAGACUGUUGUGUUCGAGGAGGUAGUGGACGAGGAUGCAACAACCAACCACGCUGAAGAGACUGUCUGGUAUGGUCCUGAAGAUGUUGAGGUUCCAGCCACUCCAGUCACACCGUAUGUUGUUAUAGGUAAUGAUGUAGGUGUUCCUUUGGACUGGGAGGUGAUCCCUGCUCCAGUGGUUGAUGUUGCUCCUGUCCCUGUGGCAGCUGGGAGGUUUGCUGGGUGGAGACAGGUGGCUAGAGUGCUAGGCUGCCUUGUUACUUCAUACCAAACUGUCUCAGCUGUCUAA